UUGAAAACCCAUUCAGUGUACUCCCCGAAUUAAAACCCUACGCCAAUGCAUUUCCUGAUUCAAAAUUUCAGAUCAUAAUUAAAAAUAAAAAUUUGACAUUUGGAGAAAAAAAAGAAGAUAAAAAACAAUUCUUUUUUAAAGAAUUAUUAGAUGAUUAUAUCUCUGACAAAUUUUUUAUAAUCAAUUAUGGUUCAACUCUAAUGGAAACCUUUUUAUUUUUAAAAGAAGAUGAGUCUACCUCAGAUAUUCAACUAUUAUCCAUCAUAAUUGAAUUCUUUCCUCAAUUAUUACGAAGGCAUCCAAUUUAUUUAGCUAGAUUUUUAUCUCAAACUGCAUUUGUGAUGCCGUUAGCUGAUCCUGAUAUGAUAUUGGAUAGUGAGAUUGUUAGUUUGUUGCCUACUCAACAUCUAUAUCAUUUUGGAACUUACAAUCAAUUAUCAACAAAAACUUCUUUAAUUGAUACAUUUGUUUCAAAUAUUACGUUUUAUUGGAAUAAGUUGAUACAUAGAUCAAAACAAGAAAUGGACAUCUCUCAACCAUCUGUUAAUCUUAAUAAAGCUAUUCCGGAUUCUGAAGCUACAAUCAAACUUAUUAUUCCUCUUCCAAAAUUUGUGAAUUAUCCCAAAUCAUAUAGCACUUGGCAAGAAAUAAAGAAUCCUUCACCAAGUUAUUUCACAAAUUCAAUAGAUCUAGAACUAUACAAGUAUUGGAAUGAUGAGCCAAGUUAUUCAUCAGAUCCAAACGAUCCAUGGAAUUUGGCAACAACUUAUGACUCAGUUAGUGAAGAUGGAGUUAUUUCAACUCAGCCAUCGCUCAUUGAGCCACCGGACGCAAGUACCAAUAUGUUUUCCAUGUUUGCAACUUCGAUUUUGGCAGUUUAUCUUAUGCUUACUGCUCAUGUGAGCGAACUCCGUGACUUAAUUCGCGAAAUUGAGAGUGGAGAUUGGCAAGGAUUUGAAAAACCCUUUUUUUCUCAAAUUUUAUUGAAAGCUGUACAAGCUGAAGAACUUGAAACUAGUGAUGAAAAAGCGAGCAUUGAAGAGUUGAAAAAUGAGAUUAAAGACUUAAAAGAAAAGAUCAUGAAGUUUAUUAAUACUAAUGGAGGAAGUUAA